GCGCCGGGGUCACGGGGUCAUCCCGCGGAAGAUGGCGGCGGCGGUGGCGGGGACGCUGACCUUCGGUCGCUUUCUGGGCCGCGGCCUCGGGGUCGCCCGGGGCCUCCCUGUGUCCGCCAGGUGUUUUGGUGUGAAGAUAUCACCCUCGGGGGAGAAAAUUACCCACACGGGCCAGGUUUAUGAUGAAGAAGAUUACAGGAGGAUUCGCUUUGUUGGUCGCCAGAAAGAGGUAAACGAAAACUUUGCAAUUGAUUUGAUAUCAGAGCAACCAGUGAGUGAAGUGGAAAGUCGAGUGAUAUCAUGUGAUGGUGGAGGAGGAGCUCUUGGUCAUCCAAAAGUGUAUAUAAACUUGGACAAAGAGACUAAAACUGGGACUUGUGGGUAUUGUGGACUUCAGUUUAAACAACACCACCACCACUGAAACCAGUUCUGUUCUUUGGGCCUUGUACAAUUCUCUGCAUGUAAGGAUUUUAGUAUUUUUUAAAAAAAUACUUAAGAAUCACAACAUAAGCUUUGUUUUAAAAAUAUUCUAUGAAUAAAAUAUGGUUGUUGAAUGUGA